AUGGCGGACGAGGACCUGAUCUUGCAGUGGGAGAGGGAGCGUGCUCAGGAGGAGGAAUGGGAAGCACAAUAUGAAGCAGAGCUGGACAUGCUUCGCGAUGCAGAGUACUCAGACGGGCCACCAGCAAAGCGUGCACUGUACAACGAGAAGAACCCCGGCCAGCCCCCAAGUCAAGGCCCAUCGAGCGCUGUCGCUGCUACCGGGAGCGCAACGGCAGCGAAGCCACGGACCAAUGAUGCUGUAGAUGCCAACAGCGAUGACAGCUUUCCCAUGCUCAACUCCCAGGUGCACUUUGGGGCAGACUACACCAUCGAAUGUGAGACGGCUGAGGCUCAUGGCUCCAAACCCGGCAACACCGCCAACUUCAGCAGCAGCAGCAGCAGCAGCGAUGACAGCAGCGACGAUGGCGGUGAUGACAGCGCAGCCACCUCUAGGACCAAAAGGUCUCAUCCCCGCAAGAAGCACCAACCGUCCAUCCGUGCUUCAUCCUCGGCAUCAUCAUCAUCAUCAUCAGCAGCAACAGCAGCAACAACAGCAUCAUCAUCAUCAACCACCACUGGUCGCCGUCUGGUCCGCGGUCGCCGCGCCUCCCGCCCGUCAGCAUCCGCCCUCCUUGCAGACGUUGCACGGGACAAGCCCACAAAGCGACAGCCAACCACGACGUUCCUGACUUCAACAUCGGCGAAAGGGCGACGCGCGUACAUCAGACUGAGGGACAGCCAGCUUGUGCGCCCGUCGUUUUUCGUUCGCGACAAUUCAAAUCGCGCGGCGCCGCUGCUGUCCACGCCGUACACGCAACUGCAAGAACAAGUUGAUCAGAUCAUGCUCAGGCAGAUUGCAAACGAAUCGGAUGACGUGGAUGGCUCGUCCGCACAGGAAAACAUUUCCACCAUUGAUACACGUCUGUGGGUUGACGAGUUUUCUCCACGACGCUACACAGAUUUGAUCAGUGACGAGCUUGUCAACAAACGCCUUCUGUAUUGGCUCAAGCGCUGGGAUAAGACGGUCUUCAACCGAGAUCCGCCCCCUGCACUGUUUGCGCAAUCCUCAACAUCAAACACAACUGCGUUUGGAGGAGGUGGUGACAACCACAGGAACAGCAAUUUCAACAACUCCAACAACGGCAAACCGGGCAACUCCAACAACGGGCCGUCCAUUUAUCGCAGUGAUGGAAUCGCAGAGGGACCAGAGGAUGCAAAGGUCGUGUUGCUCGCUGGCCCGCCCGGCGUCGGCAAGACGACCCUGGCGCACGUUGUUGCGCGGCACGCUGGAUAUGCGACAGUCGAAAUCAAUGCCAGUGAUGAUCGGUCCCCGGACCGGUUGAAGCAGGCCGUUCUCGAUGCAACGCAGAUGCGCGAGGUUCUGUCUGCGGAGAAACGGCCCAACUGUCUCGUUCUGGACGAAAUUGACGGUGCAACCACUUCUGCUGUCAACGCUGUCAUUCGCAUCAUCGAGGGGAAAGCUAAACGCGGCAAGGGCGGAAAGGAUAGCAAAGGGCAGACCCUGAAACGCCCCAUCAUCUGCAUUUGCAACGACCUCCACGCAACCUCGCUGCGAAACCUCAAGAAGAUUGCAUACAUUCUUCAUUUCCACCCAAUUCCGAUGACGUCACUCGUUUCUCGUCUGGACCAGAUCUGCGCACAGAAACAACUGAGAGUUGAGCGGCAAGUGCUGACGACGCUGUGCGAGCUGACGGACGGCGACAUUCGCGCGUGCAUCAGCACACUGCAGUUCCUGGCACAGAACCGAAAACGCGUGACACUCAAGGACAUUCGCAACACGUCCGUGGGACGCAAGGAUAAGGUGAUCAAUGUGCGGACGGUGUGGACGGAGGUGUUUCGUCUCGCUUCGCACCGCAGCAGGCCACGGUCCCUCCUUUCCUCCUCCUCCUCGUCGUCGUCGUCAUCAUCGUCGUUGCUGUCGAUGUCUGCGCGCCGCGCGGCCGGACACAAAAUCGGGCGCAUUCUUCCGCUGAUUGAAGCAAAUGGCGAAUAUGAAAAGAUCAUCUUUGGCCUGUUUGAAAACUACCUCAGCAUCAAGGGAACAACAAGCUUCGAUCCAGACUUCAAGAAGGCCAUGCUGGUGCACGACUGGUUGCACUUUUUCCAAGAAAUGCAACUUGCCAUCCAGCAAGAGCAGCAGUACACGCUUCUUCGCUACUGCAGUUUCGCUCCCACCGCGUUCCACCUCAGCUUUGCUUCUCCAAGCCGCACGUUUAUCCGAUAUCCAAAGGCGAUUUACGAGACAGAUGCGAUUAUGCGCACGCACCGGUCAACCAUCCAGCAGCUGCUGGCCGACGCGUCGCCACACAUGCGGCGCGGGCAGGGGGAACGCGAGUUUACGGUGGAGACCAUUCAUCGUCUCAUGCACAUCAUCAAUCCACAGCUUCGCAUCUCAAACGCAGCCGUGCUCAGACCAAGCGAUCGUGCUGUUGUGAGCAAGAUUGUUGGCGUGAUGGCCACGCACAAUCUCAAAUAUGUCGAGGACGUCAGCGAUCUCGGCAUGGGUCUUCGCUUGGAGCCGCGUGUGGACGAGAUUGUGUCUUUCCACAACCGCCAGUUUGAUUCCCGCCCUUCCUGGGCCAUUCAUUCAGAGUCGAACGAAAAGCCGCGACAAAUGCCGGGGCUACCGCCCAUCGUCAAACAGCUGGUUGCACGGGAGCUGGCUACGGAGUUUGUGCGGCGUCAGUCUGCGAUCAUUGCGUCGCGUGCACAGCCAAUGGCAGCAGCACCAUCAGCAUCACCACAGCCAUCAUCGUCGGUGUCAUCGAAGACGACGCAAUCAGGAUCUGACGUGAAAGAGAACAAGCACCAGGCGCAGAAACAAUCACCACCGAAGCCAAAGACACAGGAAGAGAAGGAUGCGUUCUUGAAAGCUCGCAUGGGCCUCGACAUUGACAAGAAAGUGAAGCCUGAGGCCAAAGCGCGCGUUAAACGCGACUUCUUUGGUCGCGUCAUUGAGGAUGACCCGCAGCAGCAGCGUGCCGCUGAAGCGAAGAAGUCGAAGCUGUCGCUCGUCCUGUUCAAGUUCCAUGAAGGUUCAUCCAACGCGGUACGUCGGCCCGUCCGCCUUCGCGACCUCCUCUGAACCACCACUGCGCGCGCGCGCGAGUGUGUGUGCGUGUGCACAUUCAUGUGUGUGUGUGUGUCUUCACAAUGCCCUGCUUUGUGGUCUUGAUUUGUCUUCACAUUCCCUAACUGCUCUGCCAAUAAGAACGCUUCGUACCAUUCAAUGCACGGACACAAACGCACA